AUGUUGGAGAAUUGGCUGUUCCCUCAGAUCAAACAAGGCUCACAACAAUCCAUAUUUCAACAGGAUGGAGCGCCAACACAUUGGCACUUAUCUGUCCGAGACUACCUGAACGUCAACUACCCGAGGCGAUGGAUCGGCUGCCAGGCAGCCCGCGAAAGAGCCCUACAUCACUGGCCUCCAAGAAGCCCUGACCUUACCCCCUGCGAUCUUUUCUUAUGGGGUACCAAAGAUGAAGAGUACUAUCUAGAGGGAAGUUUUCUAUUUUCACCAGAAGUACAGAGUGGCACGAAAGGCGCCAUCAAAGCCCACACUGAUGGCCAGGGGCAAUUACGUUAUCAGUUUUUUCCAACCUCAGAUCACGUCCUAGAUCAUCCAACUUCUCCGAGAUACACCGUUGAAGAUAUACUGCAGAUUCUGGAAGGAAAUACAGAUACUCUACUUACUGCUACAGUGUACACUGAGCCACCUGAAAACUUUUUGCAAAGUGAUGAAGAUAGUGCUAAUGAGGAGGAAGACGACAUAAAUCGAUUAACAGGUAACCAGCUGAGAGCGUCGGCUCAACUGCAAGCUACAACUCUUACCUCUGAUGGACUUGAUCACAUAUCUUUUGGAGAUCCAGAUAUCAUUGUAAAUAAUCCUAUAAGAGUAGACCUAAUAGAAAAACCUUCCACUUCCAGUGAUCUUUUAGACACUAGUCCCUCUCAGACAAGUGUCAUUGAUGAAGCUAAUGAUCAAGUUAAUAUUAGUAAUAACGGUUUGAUUGAUAGGAAACGUAAAAACUCCUCAAAGAAGGUUAGUUCUAAAACACAACCAUGUUUGAAAAAGACCCAUUCUGAGCAAAUGAAUAAAAAAGCUAAGAAAGGAUCUUUACCUACACGUAAAUGGGAACAAGUAGACAUAGUUCAAAAGCCUGAACAUGAAUGGGAGAUGCCAGAUUUCAUUAAUGUUGAUCGAACACCAACAGAGUUUUUUGAAUUAUUUUAUGAUGACCAACUAAUUGAUUUGAUAGUUCAGGAAUCAAAGAAGUACGCAAUGUUCAAAGGCCAUCAUACAUUUAAUGUAACAUCCCAUGAAAUACGUGUUUUUACUAGGAUUCUUUUAUUGAGUGGAUACUGCUCUGUUGCCAGAAAUCGUCUCUACUGGGACACAGGUGCAGACACGCAUCACCCAGGUGUAGCAGCAGCUAUGUCUCGGACCAGAUUUGAAGAAAUCCUUCGUUAUUUUCAUGUUGCAGACAAUAACCAUCUUGACGUUACAGACAAAUAUACCAAGAUCCGACCUCUUUGGAAAUACUUAAACGAAAAGUGGUUAGAAUAUUUUCCUAGAGACGCGUACGUUAGCAUUGAUGAGUCAAUGGUAAGGUAUUUUGGGAGGCAUGGUGCAAAACAGCACAUACAUAAUAAACCAAUAAGGUUUGGUUUUAAAGUUUGGUCGAUGUGUACACGUUUAGGCUACAUUAUUCAAGGUGAACCUUACCAGGGUGCAUCUACAGGCAACACCAAUCCACAUUUAGGUUGUGGAGGGUCAGUGGUAAUGGACCUGGUCAAAAGACUUCCCUCUGACAGUAAAUAUAGCCUGUUUGUAGAUAAUUACUUUACAUCACUGCCUCUUUUAGAAGAACUCAAGGAAAAUGGGCAUGAUUGUACUGGCACAAUUAGAGUUGACAGAAUCGAGAAGGCUCCGUUAACUGACCACAAAUUAUUUAAAAAACUAAAGAGAGGAAGCUUUGAGCAAUUAAGUGACAGAAAGUCAGGAACUACUCUUGUCAGAUUCAAUGAUAAUAGUGUUGUCACACUUGCAUCAAAUCGUGCUGAAGUAUCUCCCAUGGGUUCAUGCAACCGCUGGUCACAGCAGGAGAAAAGAAGAAUUAGUGUCAAGCAACCACUGUGUGUUGGAUUGUACAAUUUAUACAUGGGGGGAGUUGAUAGGCUUGAUCAAAAUGUCUUAGCCUACAAACCAACCAUAAGGAUGAAGAAGUGGUAUUGGCAACUUAUCUUAUUCCCACUUAGUUGCAGCAUGAACAACGCCUUUCAGUUGUAUAAGCUAAGCCCAGCCGGCAAAAGUAAAGAUGCUUUCGACUUUCUUGGGUUUAUCAGAGAAGUAGUUCAAGUGUAUCUGAGAAGAAAUGUAGACCGUCCAUCAGUUGGAAGACCAUCUAAGAAGUCGAGGACCCGUGUUCCAGAUGGCUUACGCUUGGAUGGCAUCGGCCAUUUGAUUGUCUCAAAUACCACUCAAAUACGCUGCGCUGAAUGCCACAAGAAUACCACCAAGAUAUGUCAGAAAUGUUCAUUACCAGAGACGGUGGGGGCUGUCUGUGGGGUGUGCCGUAGCGACACCGGACCUUCUCCCGUCACGUUCGGCGCGCACACGUUCCACACUCCCUGCGCCAACCUGUACCUACACUGUGUCGAGCCUGUUCUUCCUAACAUUGCUGCAGCUACCGUGCAGUGA